GGCUGUAAGUAGAAUGCCGUUUGCACAUUUAUCAAAAAUAAACAUGUAAUUUUGUACUCCAGAUUUGUUUCAUACUUCAGGAUCAAUAAGGAAGCUUUUAUGUUCCUGUUGCAAAAAAUGGAGGACUCGUUCAAUCUCAAUGCUCAAUGCACCGGAGCGCAGCAAUACCACCAAUUUUAAAGCUUGCUUGCGCCCUUCGCUUUUUCGCUGAUGUCUCCUAUCAAAGGGGCGUUGGUAACGAUUUCGAACUAGGCUUCGCACAAGCAACGGUAUCGGUGGUCUUAAAAGAAGUACUGGAGAUAUUCCAGACCGUCAUUUGUCAUGAAUGGAUAAAUAUGCAAAUGACUGAAGACGAGAAACAAAGGGCUAGACAUUUUUUCUUCCGAAAAUCUCGUAUAACUGGAAUCAUCGGGUGCGUGGACGGAACGCACGUUGGUAUUGUUGCACCAAAUCGAUUAAAACAUCAGUAUUUAAAUAGGAAAGGGUUUUACAGUUUGAAUGCAAUGAUUGCUUGUGAUCACAACAUGGUGAUACGGUAUGUAGACGGCCGUUUUCCCGGUUCAACACACGAUUCAUUUCUUUGGGGAAACAGUGAACUGAAAGAAAUCUUGCAAAGGAUGUACUGCAAUGGAGAACGAAGUUCUGUGUAUUUAGGGGAUUCUGGGUACCCCUUAAGCCCUUAUCUAAUGACACCAUUUCGUAGUGCAAUCACUGGCAGCAGAGAGUCAACCUUUAACACACAGCAGGGAUGGGCGUAAUCAGGAAAAUGAAUAAUUGAAUAAAAAAAAAUAAGAAUAAGCUUUCAUUCAUCAUUCCAACAAUUUUGAAUGACGAAUAAAUUUUUAUUCUUCAUUCAAGCACUUGCGAAUGA